AUGAAGAAAUUAGUGAUCAAGCCGUAUCGCCAGAAUAUGGGGAUGGAUCAAACACGUGCGCAAGAAAUCUGGUCAUCUUUACGCAAAGCCAUUUAUGAGAUUUUCUUGCAUAAUGCGAGUGUACUCUCGUUUGAAGAGCUAUAUCGAAACUCGUAUAAUUUGGUGUUACAUAAGCAUGGUGACUUGCUUUACAACGGCGUAGUAAGCGUCAUUACAGAACAUUUACAAGAAGUUGCACAACAAGUGGCUGCUGUUUCUGAUAAUGUGCUACUUAUGGCCCUCAAUGAUCAGUGGGUCGACCACCAAAUUGUCAUGACAAUGGUACGCGACAUCCUCAUGUAUAUGGAUCGCACUUACGUUACCCAAAAGCGCAAGCUACCGGUAUAUGACAAUGGACUUUAUAUCUUUCGGGAUAUAGUUAUGCGUCAUGAAAGCGUACGAGACCGACUGCGUGCUCGAUUACUAUUCAGUAUUGAACGAGAACGCCAUGUGUAUGAAAAUGACUUUGAAGCGUAUUUUCUCGAAACAACGCUCGACUUUUAUCGUGCUGAGGCUCAAACAAUGCUCGAGGUAGCAACAUGCUCGGAAUAUCUCGAAAAAGCCGAGCAACGAUUGAAUGAAGAAGGAGCACGUGUACUCCAUUAUCUAAACGUAUCGACGGAGCAUAAGCUUAAGUCAAUUGUAGAAACGCAAUUGAUAAAGAAUCAAGCUAAAGCAUUGGUUGAGCUGGAACACUCAGGAUGCAUCGCGCUCUUUCGUGACAAUAAAACUCAGGCAUUGCGUAGAAUGUACUCGCUAUUUCGACGUGUACCAAGUACAUUACCGGAGAUUAGUAAUGCUGUGUUCCAAUAUAUUAAGUCGCAAGGAGACGAGUAUGUCAAAACACAAUUGCAGGCAGAAACGGCAUUGGAUGCGUCUCAGUUUGUGGAAAAGCUUUUGGCUUUGCGUGAAAAGUUUGUAAGUUUUUUGUCGGAGAGUUUCUUUGAUGACUCGCAAUUUCGUCUUUCCAUAAAGCAAGGAUUUGAAGCAUUUAUGAAUACGAAUACAAUCUGUGCUGGAUACCUGGCGCAUUACCUAGAUGAAUUGUUGCGCUCGAAGACUCGUUUCGAAGAGGAGAUGGACACUCGCGUGACGCAUGUCAUUGCUCUUUUUCGAUAUCUGCAGGAUAAGGAUGUCUUUGAGGAAUUUUAUAAGGUUCUACUCGCUAAGCGCCUACUAAAUAGUCGUGGCACAUCGGAUGAGGCAGAAAAACUUGUAAUUUCAAAACUCAAGGCAGAAUGUGGUUAUCAAUUCACGUCGAAGCUCGAAGGCAUGUUUAAGGAUAUGAGUAUUUCUAAGGACCUCAUGGAGUUGUAUAAAAAGUCAGGAAACGACACUCGAGGUUCCGGUUUUGAUAUUGAUUCCUCAAUGGCACCAAUGUUAUUGUCAGUUCAUGUGCUCACAAGUGGUUUUUGGCCCACAGAGAUGGCUUCUGUGUGUGCACUACCAUUGGAAUUUGUUCAGAUGACUCAAACCUUCGAGGCGUUUUAUUAUGCCCGGCAUAAUGGUCGUAAAUUGACAUGGAUGACUAACAUGGGUACAGUAGAUGUACGAGCUACGUUUAUGGCUAAUGUAGAAGAUGGUGAACGUCGCCAUGAGCUAAAUGUGUCAACGUAUCAAGCUGUUAUCUUAUUGCUUUUCAAUCAACGUUCUGAGUGGCGCUUUAAAGAGCUAUUGGAGCUUACACGCAUUGAGGUGAAGGAUCUGAAGCGGCAUUUGAUUUCCUUGUGCACACCCAAGUACAAAAUACUAAACAAAAGUUCAAAAGGGAAGCGUAUUGAUGAAGAAUUCGACACAUUUACAGUGAAUGACGCUUACAAAUCGAAGCUACGUCGUGUUCGAAUACCCCUUGUAUCUCAGAAGGAGACUUCGUUGUUGCCAGCUACGUCCUCAGGUAUAAAUCACUCCGCUGAUGCGUUGCCACCUACAGUUGCUGAGGAUCGCAAGCAUCUUGUUGAAGCUGCAAUUGUUCGAAUUAUGAAGACACGAAAACAAAUGCAGCAUAAUCAACUCAUUGCCGAAGUCACACGUCAAAUGGCUGGUCGCUUUACGCCUCCUCCUCAACUUAUCAAGCUGCGUAUUGAGAGUUUAAUUGAACGCGAAUAUAUUCAGCGCAGUAUCACAGAUCGACGGCUGUACAGCUAUUUAGCUUGA